UUUUCCAGUGUGGGGGCCACAGUGAAAAACAAUGAUGGAUUAAUGGUUAAUAAUUAACUGGAGGAGGGCACUCGGUCUUCCAAUUACGUGUUGAUUUGCUAGGUGGCUCAGUGACAAGGUAAUUAAGAUGAAGAAAGCAAAGGUAGGAUGCACAGCGUGGGGUGGACAGUCAGCUGUCAGUGGCUUCUGCUGAGAUGGCCACAGGACUCCAGGUUCCCCUGCCACAACUGGCCACAGGACUGCUGCUCCUCCUCAGUGUCCAGCCCUGGGCUGAGAGUGGGAAGGUGCUGGUGGUGCCCACUGAUGGCAGCCACUGGCUCAGCAUGCGGGAGGCCGUGCGGGAGCUCCAUGCCAGAGGCCACCAGGCGGUGGUCCUCACCCCGGAGGUGAAUAUGCACAUCAAAGAAGAGAACUUUUUCACCCUGACAACCUAUGCCAUUCCAUGGACCCAGGAUGAAUUUGAUCGUCUUGUGCUGGGCCGCACUCAACUGUGCUUUAAAACAGGAUAUUUUCUGAAGAAAUUUUUCAGAAGUAUGGCAAUUUUGAACAAUGUAUCUUUGGUCUUUCAUAGGUCUUGUGUGGAGCUACUGCAUAAUGAGGCCCUGAUAAGGCACCUGAAUGCUACAUCCUUUAAUGUGGUGUUAACAGACCCCGUUAACCUCUGUGGGGUGGUGCUGGCUAAGUACCUGUCGAUUCCUACUGUGUUUUUUUUGAGGUACAUUCCAUGUGAUUUAGACUUUAAGGGCACACAGUGUCCAAACCCUUCCUCCUAUAUUCCUAGAUUACUAACAACCAAUUCAGACCACAUGCCAUUCCUGCAAAGGGUCAAGAACAUGCUCUAUCCUCUGGCCCUGUCCUACAUUUGCCAUGCUGUUUUUGCUCCUUAUGCAAGCCUUGCCUCUGAGCUUUUUCAGAGAGAGGUGUCAGUGGUGGAUCUUCUCAGCCAUGCAUCUGUGUGGCUGUUCCGAGGGGACUUUGUGAUGGACUACCCCAGGCCAAUCAUGCCCAACAUGGUCUUCAUUGGAGGCAUCAACUGUGCCAACAGGAAGCCACUAUCUCAGUUUUUCAAUUUGAACAUAUUCUCUAGAGUUAACUACAUUGCUCAAAUCUUCACUGUCAUCUCAGUGGAGCAGAACAAAUUGGGAACUGUGGUACAGAUCACUCUUGCUAUGCUCCUUAGAGAUUUCCACAUUAACAAGGCUAAUUUUCGAAUGUGGUAAAGAACAGGCUAAUGUAUUUAAUAGUGAAUCCAUUGAUUGUUUUCCAGCAUGAGGUCACACCAGAUUUAACAUGGUUUGGU